GGAAGGAGGGAGCUGGUCUCAGCCUGAAAAACAUCAGGACAUCGCAAUAAAACCCAGAACACCUCAGGGCUGCAGAUCUCUCAGCUCUGACAAGUUUCCACAAGUGUCCUGCCUGUAAUGUCGCAGCGUAUUUAAAGAGGAACUAUUGACACUCCCAAAGGAGUGUGAGGGUGGUGUUUAUGGGUAACAGGUAAUAAUACCAGGACUAACUGAGCGUGCCGUUUCAACAGCGGGAGGUUGGACCCCAAAGCAGAUACAAUUCUUGAUUGAAAAUGAAUCAAGUCAAACUGCAUCAUGACAGAGGACAUUUCUUCGUCUUCAUCACCAUGUUGUCUCUGCUGAGCUCAGGCCAGGCCUUACCGAGGACGGACCCUCCCCUCCGUGCUGAUCAACCCUUCCUUUUCAUGUGGAAUGCCCCAACUGAGCUGUGUGACAGCCGCUUUGGCAUUGCCCUCGAUCUCUCCUACUUCCACUUUGUCAGCAGCACGCUGAAAACAGCGAUCAACCAGAGCAUCUCCAUAUUCUACACCGACCGCUUCGGCCUCUUCCCGUACGUGGACGAAGACACUGGUGAGAUUUACGAUGAGGGUGUACCACAGCUGAUAGACAUGAAGGAGCACCAUGAGCUGGCCGAGGACGACAUAGAGCACUAUAUUCCUUCUAACCAGCCAGGUCUUGCUGUGCUUGACUUUGAGGAGUGGAGGCCACAGUGGGUUCGAAACUGGGGCAGUAAAGACAUCUACAGAGAGAUUUCCAUAGAAACGGUCAAGAAAAAAAAUGCAUCAUUGUCUGACGAUGAGGCGGAGGAUCGGGCGAAGAUCGUGUUUGAGCGUGGAGCAAAGAAGUACUUCCUCCGCUCCAUCAGUAUUGGGAAGAGGCUAAGGCCCAACAGACUCUGGGGUUACUACUUGUACCCUGACUGCUACAACUAUGACUACAACCAGGACAUGGCAGGCUACACUGGAGAGUGCCCUGCCAUCGAGAAGGACAGGAACAAUGAGCUGCUGUGGCUGUGGAAAAAUUCCACAGCGCUCUUUCCAUCCAUCUAUCUGGAGCUGGUGCUCAGAGACUCCAAGCAGGCUCGGCUGUUCGUCCGCCAUCGAAUCCAUGAAGCCAUUAGGGUGUCAACACUCCCCAACAGUUCCUACUCCAUCCCUGUAUAUGCCUACAUCCGCCCUGUGUACAAGGACAGCACUGAUGACUACAUGUCAGAGUUUGAUCUGGUCAACACUAUUGGAGAAGCUGCCGCUCUUGGUGCUGCUGGCGUUGUUUCCUGGGGAGACAUGAACGUCACAGAUACAGAGGAAUCCUGCUUUGAUGCUCGAAGCCACCUUGAGCAGGUCAUGAACCCGUACAUCCUGAAUGUCUCGACGGCAACACAGCUCUGCAGCAUGGCGCUCUGCCAGGGCCGAGGCCGCUGUGUGCGGAAGCGUUGGGACGAGGAUAUCUUCCUCCACCUUGACCCGCGCCGUUUCCGUAUCCAGCGGCCGCGUGACACUGGCCCGCUCACUGUGAGCGGUGCCCUCUCGCAGUACGACAUCAACCAGUUUGACCACAGCUUUGACUGCAUGUGCUACAGCGAGAAGCCGUGCAGAUCAGUUAUGACCUUCAAUGUCAUCCAAGAGGCUGUCAUCACCAGGGGCAAUCGAGGCGCUGACAGGCCCCGCCCCCUCCUGCUGGUUAUGAUUUUACUCUUUCUGAAGUGUGUUGUGAUGUGAAUAGUCCAUGAUGAUAAUAUAAUUACACUGUUAUUUCAGCUUGUUGUUUGUUGUUUGUUAUUUGUGACUGUUUAUACCAAUGUUUAAAAUGUUUUGAAUUCCGUUUAGCCUCAUGAUCCUGUCUCGCUCAACACCCGGGGGGGCAAAAAUCUGUUGGUAAUGAGAUUAAAGAAUAACCCAGCUCUUUCCUGUGUAUUGUUUAUGAGACGUCCUUAUUUGUUAUUGUUGUUAUUGUUUAAAGAUGAAACUGAAUUUCUCCUUGCGGGAAUAUAAACUGAACUGACUUAUUGUGUAACGCACCAUGAAAUGUUAUUGCUAAUGUCUGGUGUUUUAACUUUACACCCUACAGCCUGGAAUGAAACCUACACUUUGACAUGACUUCCCUUUUAAAUAAAACUAAUGAGCAAAUUUACAUUUAACACAUAUUCUUAAAAUUAAAAAAAUCUUCCUGAAGAACAUGUACUAGCUUGUUCUACAUAUUUCUGUUCAUGAUUUCCAGAGGAUGAUCUCUGAUGCUUUAGGUAUCAUCUGUCUUGUGGCAUCAUGAGAUUGAUACGUUCAGAUUGAAAUGUGUCUCUAUUGAAGUUAUUGCCAUGCAAAUAAAUUCAAACACCUAUGUCCCCCUUAGGAUGAAUUGUAAUAUUUUUAUUUAUAAAAAGGGUUUCAGCUGUG